CAUAAAAGCAUCUGCCCAUUUUACCGACAAGCGGAGAAAGAGAUCUGAUCAAAUUUCUGUUGUCCAGCAACACAAACAGAAGACAGGGAAAGAUGAAGAACAGAAGCAGCUAAUUAAAGAAUGCUGUACAUGAGCCAUCAGAAUCAGAAGAAACUGAGGUCGUUUUAGGGGGCUUUGAAUAGGCGUAAUUGGUGCUGUUGGAUAGCCCCAUUGAGACGGUGGAGAACACGGUUGGGGAAUAGUAUGCAGGGGCAUCAUAGGCACGGAGGUGAUAGACAUCAUAGUGCAGAGAGGUUCCGCCUUCACUAUGUUGGAAACAAGCCUAAUGUUAUAAUUUCUGGUGUCGCCUUCAUCUUUCUCCUCGGCUUCUUUCUAUACAUAUGGGCUGCAAUGCUAGGCACAACUGAAACCGUAAAUGAGAAAAUUGUUACUGAUACCCGGGAAUUUCCAAUAAGUUGCUUUUAUGGUAAACUCACAAGAUCAUGCCCUAAAAAGUACUACCCACCAGAUUUCCACAUUCCUCCUGAAACCCCUCCGGAUAUCGCUUAUAAUUGUCCCCAGUACUUCCGCUGGAUCUAUGAAGAUUUAAAACCUUGGAGGGAGACGGGGAUAACUUUGGAAAUGGUGGAGAGAGCCAACCGGACCGCUAACUUCAGACUGGUAAUAUUGAAUGGGAGGGCGUAUGUAGAGACAUAUAAACAGGCCUUCCAAACUAGGGACGUUUUUACUCUAUGGGGCAUUCUGCAGUUGUUAAGAAGGUACCCUGGUAGGGUGGCUGAUCUAGACCUGAUGUUUGAUUGUGUAGACUGGCCAAUCAUCAAAUCGAGCGAUUAUCGAGGCCCAAAUUCUCCAGCUCCACCGCCUUUGUUUCGAUAUUGUGGGGAUGAUGAGACACUGGAUAUAGCUUUCCCCGAUUGGUCCUUCUGGGGAUGGCCUGAAAUCAAUUUAAGGCCGUGGGACAACUUGCUAAAUGACCUAAGCGCGGGGAACAGAAAGGCAGCAUGGAUAGAUAGGGAGCCCUAUGCUUACUGGAAAGGUAAUCCCGAUGUUACUGAAAAAAGGAUGAAGUUCCUCAAGUGCAAUGUCUCCGAUAAUCAGGACUGGAAUGCCCGUCUUUACACUCUGGAUUGGGACAAAGCAACUGAACAAGGAUUCAACAACACAGACUUGACAGAACAGUGUAAACAUAGGUAUAAAAUUUAUAUCGAAGGAUCUGCGUGGUCUGUCAGCCAAAAGAACAUUCUCGCUUGUAAUUCAGUCACGUUACUAGUCAAGCCCCGUUAUUACGAGUUCUUCUCAAGAAGUUUGAUGCCCAUAAAACAUUACUGGCCUAUUAGGGACGACAACACAUGCAGGUCUAUCAAAUUCGCAGUCGACUGGGGCAACAGCCACAAGAAAAAGGCGCAGGAGAUUGGUAACGCUGCAAGUGCUUUCGUCGAAGAGGAUUUGAAGAUGGAUUACGUGUACGACUACAUGUUUCAUCUCUUGAACCAAUACGCUAAGCUGCUAAGGUACAAGCCUAGUAUACCUGAAAAUGCGAGAGAACUUUGCUCCGAGGUAAUAGCGUGUACUGCAGAUGGAUUGCAGAAGGAUUUCAUGCUAGAAUCUUUUGCGUCAGGACCAAAAAUCACAAACCCGUGCUUCCUUCCCAUUCCGUUCUAUGAGUCUGAGCUCGAUUCGCGGUUAAGACAAAAAGCUUCUACUAUACAGCAAGUAGAGCAUUGGGAGAAGAAGUACUGGGAGAACCAAGAACCUAAGACAUAGAAAUGUAGCAGUAGCAGUAGUAGUAUUGAUAGCCCUAUAUGGAUAAUGAAUCAAACUUACUAUUAAUGUAUGUACUGUUUCUAUGCUGAGCAAUGUUUAAUCUAUCUUAGCUUUGGAGA